UCCACUCGGCUCUAUUGUCUCUUUGGCCGCGGAUCAUGAACCUUUUCUGCUUCACACUGGAUGGCUCCACAGAAAGCAUGUACGAGCCGCCCUACGGGCCAUCACUCAAGGAGCCACCCCCCAAGUACCCGUGCAGCCCUUCUCUUCAGAGGUGUAAGCUCGGAUGGGGCGGCUCAGAUCCAGCCAUCAGUUCUGGCCUAACUCAGGCUACAACAAAAAUGAAGAGGAAUAACAGAAGGUCAUGUUUGCCAACAUUACCCUCGAAAGAUGACACAAUAGACAAAGACAGUGACUACACCUGCUGGAUGUCAAGAAGAAAGAACUUUUCUCAUCAUCUGAGAGAGAUGUGUAAAGCUCCACGUCAGAGCAGCCCGUUGACACGAGACGACGGAGCAGAGGAGCCGAACUCUGACAGGACACGGACAGAUCUACCAGCUCAGGGCGUUGAAACUUCGGGAUCAAAAUACACAACAGAAAGACAAAAUAAGUCACAGAACCUGGUGCCAACAAAUAAGGCCCAUCAGGACGGAGCCGGUCGUGGGAAAAGGGCCACGGAGAAUAAGGAUCAAUUGGCCGAUGUGUUGAGUAACAACAAUCCGGUGCUAACCUGCAUCGGCCUGGGGAGGAGAGCAGAGAACAAGCCCCCGCUGAAGACUCCAUCACCACAGCGGCACCAGCGGCCGACCAGAGAUGUCCAUGACGCUACAGAAGAGGAAGGGCUUUGUUCGUAUCUAGGAAGUGAUCAGUGGAGCCCCUUUGAGUGUCCACAGCCCUGGACUCCCCUCUACCACACCUGCCGCCAACCUCCACACCAGACGCCGCUGGCCGGUGGGACCUUGUCGCUGCACCGGACCCCAGAGUGGGAUCGCUUUGAGAGUUUGAUCCAGGAACUGGACAGCAAACAGUGUGAUCUGUCUCCUUCAGAAAGGGUCAGCUCCUUCACAGAUGUGCCGCUACCUCACAACACAUUAACUAGAUUGGGGGGAUCUGACGCCUCCGGCCUGCCUUCGCCUCCAAUAAAACCAUCGGAUAAAGGAAGCGCUCUGCUAAAGCAGGGGGGGAAAAGCGACCCAACCAAACCGAGGCUGCAGAGGAGGGAGACGGGGACCUCACCACAAAGUGACAGGAAGCAGGUGGAAGCCUCACCUGAGAAACCGCUGACAGCCAUCACUACACAGAAAGAUGGAGCACAGAAGAAGGAAGCUUGUAGGCGACCAUUUCGUAAGGGACACGGGCUGUCCAGCAACUCCCUGGAAAGCCUCUACAGCCUCAACAGUGGACAAAGCUCCUCAAGUGGAAUCACCAGUGGGUCAGGCUGCUCCAGUAACAGAGACAGUCUGAGGAUGGAGGAGGAUCUGUUGUACACAAGACCGCUCUGUGUCAGAGCAAAAGUCCACACAGACUUCAUGCCAAGUCCAUAUGACACAGAAUCACUUAAACUCAAGGUGGGAGAUGUGAUUGACAUCAUUGCCAAGCCCUCCAUGGGAAUAUGGACCGGCAUGCUGAAUGGCAAAACAGGAAAUUUCAAGUUCAUUUAUGUGGAUGUGCUAACAGAGGAGAGUCCUCAAACCUGCAGCGUGAAGCAGAAAUCAACUGUCAAGGAAUUUCUGAAGCGUCUCAGUUUGGAGGAGCAUUUCUCCUCUCUCCAGCUGAAUGGUUUCCAAACUGUGGAUGACUUGAUGAGGCUGAAGGAGCAUCACCUGACGGAGCUGAAUGUGACUGACCCAGAGCACAGGCUUCGUCUGCUCAGCGCUGUCCGCUCCCUGCAGAAACUGCGCACUGACAGUCAGCCGGAGAACGUGUCCAACCAGGGGGCCGAGACGUCUGUUGAAAACAUGAAUGCGCAUAGGAAGAACUGCCCGAGAGACUCUGGCUGCCACAUGCCAUCUGACAGCCCCGACAUCAGCACAGAGGACACAGAGCUGCAUUUGGUCUCUGAGUACUCGCCACAAGCGAAGACGGCCGCUUUAUGAGAAUAAUCAGUCUUCUGUUUGUUAUUUAUGCUGGU